GAGGACCAGGAGCUCCACUUAUUUAUUUUCAGCUCGUCCCGCUCACUCUCAUCUUAAGAAAUAAGCACGGAACGAGAUGUCCUCGAAUCUUUCCCCACACAUCUUUACCCGAUCAGUCCAAUAUCAAAGUAAUAAAUCGUCUCAAACUUUUUUUUUUUUUUUUUUUUUUUCUGGCACAUGCUGCCCGGCAGAUUCCGCUCUGUGCGCAUGUGCGAAGGUGUCCAGACUGACAAUGCCGGAGAGAUAGUGCGUUUGGACCAAGAAACCCAGAGAAAAAGAGGACAGAGAAAAAUCAAAAAAGAAGGAGGACAAAAAAGAAAAAAAAAGAUUCAAGAAAACAUCCAAACAAAACCCACGCCGCAGAGACUGGCACCAUGAGGUCCAAAGGCAGGGCGCGGAAACUGGCCACGAGUAGGCGAUGGCAGUGAUGACUUUGGCUUCUUUCCAAGCAACAUGUUGGACAACGCAUGUGGCUCCGAUGGCGAUCCUACACCUUCUUCAGCGCUGACAGACGAUCCGCUCUCUGACGAUGAGUCUUCACCUCCGUCACUUCAACAAGCAAGCAUCUUUUUUCCUCAAGGCAAUUUGACCAUUCCUCUGGACUUUGAACUGAGAGAGUCAUCAGUUCCAGGUGCAAGUCUGGGUAUCUGGAGCCGCAGGAAGGUGAAUAUAGGAGAACGCUUUGGACCAUAUGAGGGGGAGCACGCCCCAUGUCUCCAAGACCCUACGCAAGGCUGGGAGAUCUUGGAUGGGUCAGGCCAUGUAAAGUUCUGCCUGGAUGCCAGCAAACCAGACGCAGGGAGCUGGCUGAAGCACAUCCAGUUUGCCCCUGCGGCCACGCAGCAUAACCUGAGAGCGUGCCAGAUAGAUGAGCAGAUCUUCUACAAAGUCACUAGAGAGAUUUUUCCUGGUGAGGAACUACUACUUUUCAUGAAGGCUGAAGAGUAUUUCUGCGACACAAUGGCUCCUGAUAUUCAUGAGGAGAGGCAGUACCGCUGUGAGGACUGCGACCAGCACUUUGAGUCCCGCAACGAGUUGCUGGAUCAUCAAAAGGAGCCGUGUGGGAUGCCUCCCUCUGCUUUCCUCAACCCAGGAGGAGACGCUGACCUGACAGCUCAAGAACCUCAAGAUUUGCGGCCCCUUCAUAUGUCUCAUGGCCUACAUGAGUGUAAAGAGUGUGACCAGGUCUUUCCUGAUGUCCAGAGUUUGGAGAACCACAGUCAGUCGCACUCUGAGGAGAGGGAAUACAAGUGUGAUCAGUGUCCCAAGGCUUUCAACUGGAAAUCAAACUUGAUCCGACAUCAGAUGUCGCAUGACAGUGGCAAGCACUAUGAAUGUGAAAACUGCUCAAAGCAGGUGUUCACAGACCCCAGUAACCUGCAGAGGCACAUUCGCUCUCAGCACGUCGGGGCUCGGGCCCAUGCCUGCUCCGACUGCGGAAAGACGUUUGCAACGUCUUCGGGCCUCAAGCAGCAUAAGCACAUUCACAGCAGUGUCAAGCCCUUCAUGUGUAAGUCACUAAGACCCUACCUAUGUGAGGUAUGCCACAAGUCCUAUACCCAGUUCUCUAACCUUUGCCGGCACAAACGCAUGCAUGCUGACUGUCGCACACAGAUAAAAUGCAAGGACUGUGGGCAAAUGUUCAGCACCACUUCGUCCCUCAACAAACACCGGCGGUUCUGUGAAGGAAAGAAUCAUUUCACAGCAGGGGGGUUGUUUGCGCAGGGUUUACCACUCCCUGGUACCCCUGGCUUAGACAAAUCAGCUCUCACGCUCGGUCACAGCAGCGCCGGACUUGCUGAUUACUUCGGCGCAAGCCGCCAUCAUAGUGGGCUUACUUUUCCUGCAGCCCCAGCAUUUCCUUUCAGCUUCCCCGGCCUGUUUCCUUCUGGACUAUAUCACCGGCCACAGCUCAUUCCUGCCACCUCCGCUCCUGUUAGACAGACAGCUCAUGCACCUGUUACAGGGCCUGGUGUAGAACUAAGCAAAAGUCCUUUGCUUCCUCCGAGUCCUGGCGCUCUGGAGUCUCAAGAACUGUUAAAAGCUCUGUGCAAAAAUGGCAGUUCACCUGGAAACAACAUACAUGACUCAGAACUUCCCAACCAGGGUUCUUCAGUGUCCACAAAACAGCAGAACAAGCAAAGUGACCAGUCUGAAAGCAGCGAUGUGGACGACGUCAGCACACCAAGUGGGAGUGAUCUUGAGAGCACAACGGGCUCUGAACUCGAAAGUGACAUGGACAGUGAAAGAGAGAGGGGAGUCGCUCGAGAAAAUGGCAAAGGUCCCAGGAGAAAGGCCACUGAGAGAGACCCUCAAAGUCCCAGCUUGAUAGGGAGCAGUACUGCUAAAGGCUUUCCAGGCCAAUCCCUUAUACAGUCGUCACUAGACGAGCACACGGCUGUAACAGGGGCUGUAAAUGACUCUAUUAAGGCCAUUGCCUCUAUUGCAGAGAAAUAUUUUGGCUCAGCUGGACUGGCUGGCUUGCAGGACAAGAAGGUUGGGUCUCUGCCCUACCCCUCUAUGUUUCCACUGCCUUUCUUCCCAACUUUCUCUCCACCAGUUUACCCCUUGCCAGACAGGGACCUCAGGCCAACAGGCGUGAAGGGUGAGCCACAGUCGCCAGGAGAUGACUGCAAGAAGGCUCAAAGCAAGUCUUCUGAGUCACCAUUUGACCUCACUACCAAGCGAAAGGAGGGAAAAUUGUCCCAGUUUGUUCCCACCAAAACCGAUGUCGCAAAUGUUACUGGUCAGGACCAGCCACUCGAUCUAAGCCUGGGUUCCCGGGGCCGUGGACAGAUUCCAUGUCAGGAAGAGACCAGGAAGAACAAAAACUUUGAAGAAGAGAAGAGAGCAGUGGAUGUUCCUAAAGCAGACACCUCCUUACAGCAUGCCAGGCCCACACCUUUUUUCAUGGACCCUAUCUACAGCAGGGUUGAGAAGAGGAGAAUGAGCGAUCCGUUUGAGACUCUGAAAGACAAGUACAUGCGGCCAACUCCAGGCUUCCUUUUCCAUCCACAAUUUCGUUUGCCAGAUCAGAGAACUUGGAUGACGGCCAUUGAGAGCAUGGCGGAGAAGCUGGAGACAUUUGGCUCCUUGAAGCCAGAGUCGGGAGAACUGCUGCGCUCCGUUCCGUCCAUGUUCGACUUCAGAGCUCCACCCUCCACUCUUCCAGAGACACUGUUGCGCAAGGGCAAGGAGCGCUACACAUGCAGAUACUGUGGAAAAAUAUUCCCUCGUUCUGCCAACUUGACUCGCCAUCUCAGGACUCAUACUGGAGAGCAGCCAUACAGGUGUAAAUACUGCGACCGCUCCUUCAGCAUCUCCUCAAACCUGCAGCGGCACAUUCGCAACAUUCACAACAAGGAGAAACCCUUCAAGUGCCACCUGUGCGACCGCUGCUUCGGCCAGCAGACCAACCUUGACCGCCACCUCAAAAAGCAUGAAAACGGCCACCUGUCAGGAACUGCAAUGUCCUCCCCGCAGUCAGAGUUGGACAGCAGCAGUGCCAUAUUGGACGACAAAGAAGACUCAUAUUUUAAUGAAAUAAGAAAUUUUAUUAGCAGCGCAAGUCAGAACCAGACAUCACCAGACCCCUCUGAAGAAGGGCUAAACGGAGGCCUGUUAGAGGAGGGGAAACCCCUGAUGCCCAGCCACGGAUCACGUGACCUGGACGAUGAGGAAGCGGAAGAGCUGGAUGCAGAGGAGGAAGAAGCAGAAGAGCCAAGAAACAGUCCUCAGAAGACAGACGACAAAGUGCAUCCCAGCAGCGUCGGCGACGAUGAAAUGGACUUCAGUGAGCCCAGCGACUUAAACCUCAGCUGCAAAACCUCUCCUAGGAGGUAUUCACAUGAGGAGGAACAGAGCAGCUUCUCAGCUUUGGAUCACAUCCAUCGUUUCUCGGAUCUGCGCAAAAUGGAGGAGAGCGAGCUGAGUGACGGAGAUGGAGAUGGAGAUGGAGAUGAGGAUGAUGGAUCCUUCGCCUCCCCAUCACUCGCCAAGGCAGUCAAACAGCCACUCUUUAGGAAAUCCAAGUCUCAGGCGUAUGCCAUGAUGUUGUCUCUGGCCGAAAAGGACUCUCUCCACUCCACCCCCCACACCCCGGCCACCAUGUGGCACAGUCUGGCCCGGGCUGCGGCUGAAUCCAGUGCCAUUCAGUCCCUUAGCCACGUAUGAUGACACCUAAUACCAGUGCAUUCCACAAGCCCUGACCUGAUUAAAGCAGCGGGCGUCCGCCACAGAGGCUAUCAGAGGGUCCCAGACCGUCCACAGAGUGACUGCUGAGCAGAACCAUGACCCAUCUGACUGCCUUAAACACAAAGCAGGGUCACUGUCCACACAAAACCCUUUGGCAAAUACAAAAAUGUUAAAAUGAUUUUUCACAAUAACAACAACUAAGUUGCGGUUAAAAAAAUGAAAAAAAAUGACACUAAAGUAAUACAAGUCUGUAUUUAUUCUUCAGAGUUUCUCUGUUUUGCACAGCAAAGGCCGCUGAUGCAGAUGAAUAACAUGAAUUUGCUGGUGUGUCGAGGCUCGAGCACAUUCGGGAACAUUCUUGAGAGUUGGUUUCGGCGUCGCAUGUUUCGUUGCGUGUAAAGCAUAAGAGCAAGAACGCAAGUCAAGUUUCACCCCCACAGAGAUCCGCAGAUGUUCAACUUUUGGAUGAAAGCUGCUCCUUGUUCAGACGGCAAGAUUAGCACUUGAAUAUUGACGAGUAUCUACAAGUAACACAUGAAAAUGAGUUCAACUGAAAUAAGGCCAGUCUCCUCUUUGUGUGUUCGUGACUGCGUGUGUCUGUACAAUCACAGCACUGUAUACAAGUUUGAAGCAGCGCCCCAUCCUGCCCACCUGCGCUAUAUGUGAACAGAUAUAAAUAGAUUGUCUUUUUAGUGUAAGAGAAGAAACAAUGUUUUGUUUUGUACUUUUCCUUGUUUUUUGUUAUUUGCUGAGAUAAGUAGCCAGUGCUGACGAUAAUUGUCAUUCUGUAAAGGGCAUACGUCUUUUUUCAAAAAUUCUUGAAAUCAUCCUAGCCGACCAACAAUACCACUAAAUAGCCUGAAUGCUAGUCGUUAGCAACUCCAUUUUCAUGUGUCUUUCAUUUUUUUUAGACAAUCAUUUGUUUUUCGUUUUCUUUAUUUGGUUGGUGUUGUUGUUGUUCUUUGCUGUUGUAUUUUUGAGAAUUGUAUUUAUUUCUUGGCAAACUGUAGUUUGUUUACUGAAUAGCACUGCUCUUAGCCCAGGAGAAAGAGGGAGAUUCCCACCCCGGGCCAAUCCUGAUCCCCAGUCAUGGGGCUUGUAGAUUACGUUUGAUUGCCGCAUAGUAUUAAAAAUGCAGUUCACUCCUUACUGUACUAAUUAAACCAGUCAAUUAAUAGAGUUUGUUUAGGGGUUUUUUUUAAUAUGAUUCAGUUGAAAAAAAGGGGGGGGGAAAUCAUAAAUGGUUUAAAGGACAAACAAUAAGAAUAAAUCAGGUUUAAUUCGAUCCGAAGCGCAUGGAUGGUCUGUAAAGAUCUGUAUCUGACAUUUUCUAUGAUUGUCUGCAAAGCUUGUGUGAUGUUCGGUUCAUGUUAAUCCCUCCGUGCCAAACUUAUGAUAAAUAACAGAAUACUUUUGUUUAUUCUCCCGUUUUGAGGGACCAGACUUCUUUUUGUUUUUGUGCUUUUUGAUUGUUUAUAAUCGAUUUUAAAAAUUAAUCAGCAAGUUGAGGUACUUUGUUUUAAUGCUUUCUACAAUGUAACUGUUAUGCAUUUCAAUUCAAUACUGUGGGAGGAACAACUAAGAAAAUAAAAGAAUACAGUGUA